AUGACUUACUUACUCGGAUUAAUAGAGGAUUGUGACUCCAACUUGAAAAACGAAAAUUUGUUCCGAAUUGUCCACGAAUAUUUGCACCUAAACUACGCAAAAUUCAAAGUGCUGAAUGGGAAAAAGGUGAUCCUAUUAUUUCUGAGCGUCUCAGCCACCCUUGCUGAUGAAAAGAAGACCACCAAACGUGGUGUCUAUGGAGAAUCUCUCGGCUUCGGUGUAGGGAGCCUCGAUUUAGGACACGGAGGAAUUUACAGUUCCGAAGGAGCUGGUCUAAUCCACGGAGGUGCAGGACUAGUUAACGGUGGAUUUGGAUUAAACAAUGGAGGAUUUGGUUCAAGCAUCAGCUACGCGCCUGGAAUCGGUUACGAUUCUGGAGCUAUUAAUUUAGGACAAUCGAUCUCCAACCAUGUUACUGUGACUAAAAAGAUUGGAAUUCCGGUACCGCAACCGUAUCCAGUAACAGUUGAAAGAAAAAUCCCAUAUCCUGUUUACCAAGCAGUUCCUGUACCAGUUGAUCGUCCUUAUGCUGUUCAUGUACCCAAACCAUACCCAGUGGCUGUUGAAAAACGUAUCCCUGUGCCAGUAAUUAAACACGUACCUUACGCAGUGAAGGUUCCAGUGAAAGUACCUUAUGCAGUGCCGUACAAAGUAGCGGUACCACAACCUUAUCCAGUACAUAUAACAAAACAUGUACCGGUACCUGUGCAUACUCCUGUUUAUAUCAAAAAAGCAGUACCUGUUGUAGUUUCUAGCGGAUGGCAUAAAGCAGUUACUGUCUUCGCUGCAGAGACGAAAAAACCGGAAAAACGCUAUGUCGCAGAAAGAAACGUACUAUCUCUAAGCACUGGGUACCAAUUAGGUACGCAUCAACAUGGAUCGCCACAUUCCAUCAGUUACGGAGCGCCUCUAUCUUUUGGAUCUUCUGGAUCGCCCCAUCACUUUAGUUAUGGAGCUCCUUUACCUCUUGGAUCAUCCAUCUCAGCUUACAGUUCUCCCUAUGCUUUCGGGCCUUCACCAUUAGCUCUAAAAUCAUGUUUGCUAUAA